AUGUUUGCAGUCUACUCAACAGAAGAAAUGUCAAGUGAACCAACAGAAUCACAAAUAACAGUAGUAAUCGAAGGGUUCUUCAAGACUACUGUGACUUGGUCGCUAAUCAGGUUUCUUCAAUACAGAAAAGAGGUUGACGAUUUUACGUACUCUAAAAGACAGGAACAUAGGUUGUACAGGUCGGCUUUGAAAGCGCUUUCCGAUGAUCAAGCUGAAACAAGUCUUCUCAAUUUUGAACCUUCGUCUGCCAUAACGCAACCAGAUGCCUUCGUCCCAUUGGUUGUUAGCCUUUGUCCCGUGUUAUGUAAUCUUUAUUUGGACGUUGCUUUGUCAUUAGUAGAUCCUAUUAUUUUGGAUGAGAAAUCCUCCGAAGCUGUAAAAAAUUUCUGGUUAUUGAUCGAUAAGGAACGCUCUAAACAUGAAAUUGAGAAUAUACAGUUGGACUAUACCAAACGUGUGUUGAAUGAUACCAACAAUGAAACGCAUCAAAUACGUACUGUGGCAACUAAUAAUGCAAUAAAAACACUAAAACAUGCGUUAGAAGGUGAUGAAAGUAAUAGGGAAAAAAAGAAAAAGUCUGUAAGUAGAAAAGAAAGAGCACAUAGCCCAGCAUUAAACUAUUCACUGGUAGAGCCUCCUAUGCUCGUCGAUCGUAUCAACAAUCCAUUUAUAGAGAAAGAUGAGGUAGAUGACAUCUUGGUAAUAGACGAUGUUGAUGAUCUGUACUUUAUGGACGGAGACCCAGCUGAUGAUUAUAAGAUAGAAGAGAUCAAUGUGUCUCAAUUGUUCCGGAAGUAUCAGAAUAAUUCUGUAAAUAUUUCAAAAACAGAAGGUUUAUUUGUCGAGUCAAAUAUCCAUGAGAUACUUUCACUUUCAUCGAUUUUCUUGCUUAACCCUGAUUCUCACUCAAGAAAGAUGAUCGAUAUAUUUGGUUCUCCACUAUUAGAUAAGAUUCACCAACGAAUUAUUCCGACACAGCAAACUGCAUUGGAUGCAGAAUGUGAAGCAAAGUUCAGGGACGCAAUAAAGCGAGUAACAAAAGAAUCGUUUAGUCAUGCUACGGAUUGGUUGAUGGCUGAACUUUCCAACAAUAAACAUUUGAAGGAUAAUAUGGGCUUUAUAAUCCUGGACUGUUUAAGGACAUUACCUUUUACGAAAAUCAAAAAUGAUCCUAGUGAAAUGACAUUGGUAACAAACUACUUAGAUCGCAUAAUGAGGGGGAUGUUGCAUGACCCAAACAGGCACAUUAUCGAAUGGCCCAAUACGGGUCUUGAUGAAAGCAAGGCGAGGAAGUCGGGAGGAAGAGCUAAACAACCGGACUUCGUAGUAUCUGUGAUUCAUCAAUUACAGAUAUGCGGUGUCAUAUUUGUGGGCGAAGUAAGCCCACCUUCGGAAAAGAACAAUGUAUACAAAAAUUGUAAGGAUCUAAUUCGCAUUGGCGUUUUCAUGAAAGAUUGUUUAGAUGUAGGCAUAGAAAAGGGUGCGGACUUGAAGGUCUUAGGUUUUCAGUGUGUCGAGUACAAGAUGGAUUUCUAUGUGAUGGACCUCAUCCAUGGAAUGUAUAUGAUGACCCAUAUCGGCCAAGUGUACAUUCCUUCUUCUAUCAAAGAAAUGAAUUUAUUUGUCAAUGAAGUAGAAACUCUUUUAAAAGUGCGAGAGAUUUUUUGCAAGUCAUUUGAUACUUUAUACAGUAAGCUUUGUAAUCCAAGCCCACCAUCGCCAAAGACAAUCUUCAAACGUAAUACCCUCGGUACACCAAAAUUUAAUGAACUUGUGAAUAAGACACGAAACUGUCACAGGGACUGUCCGAUGUGGUAUGGACGUUUUGAUUCCAAAAGAUAA